AUGGACACUACUCCGAUGCACCGGAGUGGUUACCCAGGUUCCUACACAGAUUCUGAUAUGUUAUCAAAUUCCCUUGUUUUUGGAGAUUAUUGCAUUGCUGAGAGUUUGUGGCUGCUCAAACACUAUUAUCAAGUCCUCGCUUUUACAUUUGCCAUAGAAGAAAUCAACAGAAACCCGAGUCUGUUGCCCAACAUUUCUUUGGGAUUUCAUAUCUACAAUGCUUAUCACAAUGAUGAGAGGGUCUUGGAGAGUUCCCUCAUGUGGCUGUCAGGCCAGGGACAGACCAUUCCAAAUUACAGCUGUGAGAGGCAGAGAAAGUCUGUAGUGGUCAUUGGAGGAGCCACUUCUGAACUGACUUUCUCCAUGGGAACUCUGCUGGAGCUCUAUAAAUUCCCACAGAUCAGCUAUGGUCUCUUUGAUCCGCUCAUAAGCGACCCACUUCAGUUUCCUUCUGUUUAUCAGAUGGCCCCCAGUGACACCUCUCUUCCCCUUGGCAUGGUCAGGUUAAUGGUGCAUUUCAAAUGGACCUGGGUGGGUCUUAUUGUUUCAGAUGAUUCAAGAGGUGAGAAAUUCCUCAGGGAUCUUCAAGAAGAAAUGGCCAGAAAUGAUGUCUGUGUGGCCUUUAUAGAAAAGAUCUCCACUAGUUAUUCAUUAAAUGCAGAAUUGUAUCAAAGUUUUGUAUUCAGGAUAUUUCCUUCUGCAGCAAAUGUGCUUGUCAUUUAUGGAGAUACAAAUUCACUUCUGAGCCUGAUGUUUACGAAAAAUCCUUAUGUCCUUGUAAGAAGAGUGUGGAUCACUACCAGUCACUGGGAUAUUGCUAAAAAACCUGGUUAUAUCUAUUUUGAUAAUUUCCAUGGGGCUCUGAUAUUUUCAGAUCAGACAAGUAAGAUUCCUGAGUUCAAAGAUUUUCUGAAAACUGUUAACCCUGCCAGACACCCAGAGGAUGUUUUCCUUAAGAACUUUUGGAACUCAGCUUUUGGAUGUGCAUAUAAACAUGGAAAGGAAGGUGAAGGUAUCUGUUCACUAAAUGCCUCUUUAGACACAAUACAGCUGAGCUAUUUAGACAUCAGUAUGUCUGACCAGAGUUAUACUGUCUACACUGCUGUGUAUGCUGUGGCCUGGGCCCUUCAUGAGAUGUUCUUGGUGAGAUCAGAAAUGGAAUCCAAUGUUGAUAGGGACAACAGAAUUGUUUCCCCCCAGAAGAGUUAUACUGUCUCCACUGCUGUGUAUGCUGUGGCCUGGACCCUUCAUGAAAUAUUCCUGGUGAGGUCAGAAAUGGAACCCAACAUAGAUGGAGAAAACAGAAUUGUUCCCCCACCUCCUCCCUUCCGGAAACUCCAUUACUUUCUGAAGAAUAUCCAGUUUAACACUAGUGCUGGGAAACUGGUGGUCUUGGAUAAGAAGAGGAAGUCUAUGGCAAACUAUGAUAUUCUCAACUAUGUGACCUUUACCAAUGAUACUGAAGUCUUGAUAAAAGUAGGAGAGUUUACUCCUCAAGCUCCACGUGGCCAAGAUUUCACCAUCCAAGAGAAGGCCAUUACGUGGCCUAGAUGGAAUAAAAAAGAAAUUGAUUCAAAUUUCGUCAGAAUGACUGUCUCAAAAGCCUUUGGAUACUUCCCCGUGCAGCCUCCUCAGUCCAGAUGCAAUCAAGCUUGUGGUCCUGGAUUCCAGAAGAAAGCCCGGGAGGGAAGGUCUGUCUGCUGUUUUAACUGUGACCCCUGCCCAGAGAGGCACAUUUCCAACCAGACAGAUGCAGAUCAAUGUGUGAAAUGCCCUGAAGAUCAAUAUCCCAAUUAUGAGAGGAAUCAGUGUCUCCCCAAAAUGGUGACCUUCCUAGACUAUGAAGAGCCCUUGGGGAUGGCCUUGGCUUCUAUAGCUGCUUGCUUGUCUCUCCUCACAGUUCUGGUUCUCUGGGUCUUUGUGAGGCACAAAAACACCCCCAUAGUCAGAGCCAAUAACCGGGAUCUCAGCUACAUCCUCCUCAUCUCCCUUUUCUUCUGCUUCCUCUGUACGUUGCUCUUCAUUGGCCGCCCAACUGCAGCCCAUUGCCUCCUCCGACAAACAACCUUUGGAGUCAUGUUCACUGUGGCCGUCUCCACUAUUUUGGCCAAAACCAUCAUUGUGGUUCUGGCCUUCAGAGCCACCAGACCAGGCAGCAGGAGCAGGAAAUGGAUGGGAUCCAGAGCCCCCAUUUCUGUUGUUCUCUUUUGCACCUUGAUUCAAGGCAUGCUCUGUGGAGUCUGGCUGCUGCUCUCUCCCCCAUUCCCAGAGGCAGACAUGCACUCUGACCGUGAGCAUAUUAUCUUGGGGUGCAAUGAGGGUUCCCUCAUUGCCUUCUAUUUUGUCCUGAGCUACAUGGGAGUCUUGGCCCUGGCGAGCUUCACUGUGGCCUUUUUUGUCAGAAAUCUCCCUGACACUUUCAACGAAGCCAAGUUCAUCACCUUCAGCAUGCUGGUGUUCUGCAGUGUCUGGAUUACCUUCCUCCCUACCUACCAGAGCACCAAGGGGAAGAUGAUGGCGGCCGUGGAGAUCUUCUCCAUCUUAAGCUCCAGUACUGGCUUGCUAACCUGCAUCUUUAUCCCCAAAUGCUAUGUGAUCCUUCUGCAGCCCCACAGGAACACCAAGAAAACCUUAAAGAAUAAUGUCACGUCUUGA